UAAUCCAUUUUAAUUGUAGGACAUACUACUGGGUGUAAUGUCGUGUUCUUACUUAACUAUUGAACCAUUCUCGUCAUUCCAGUUCAUUCCGGACGACAAAAUGGCUAAGCUUUUAGGAAUCUGUGUCCUUCUUUCCUUCCUCACAGGUGUGACUGCUGAAUCAUGUAUUGCAACACUAUACUACAGCUCCGGCUACGACUACUACAUCGAAUGUGACAAUGGAUGCUGUGGCUAUUAUUAUGCCCAGGAAUGCUGUGCUUCACCAGUUGGUACCAUUGUCGGAGCAGUCAUUGGCUGUAUUAUCUUCAUCGUCUGUAUCGUCGUCUUUAUCAUCGUCAUCAAGUCCUGUAACAAGAAAAGGACUGGUGUUAUUGUCGCAGGGCAAACUGGUGGACCCGGAAACGUCACGGUCGUUAACACUGCCAACCAACAGCAAAUGCAACAACAGCCGUACGGAGCCUAUCCCCAGCCGGCUUAUCCUCCUCCUCCACAGUAUGGGGGACAACCUCAACCAUAUCCACAGCCACAACCAGCAUAUGGAGGCCCACCUCAAACAUAUUGAGUUCAACCUCAAUCUUGUUGAAGUGAAGAAACGGCUGAAACUAAUAUUAAAUAAGUCCGUUUAAGCCCGAGUGAUUUUUGUCAAAAUAUUUUAGAUUUACAUAUUUUACAAUUUUUAUAAAUAACAAUUGUAGAUUAUAUCUAUUCUACCAAGUACUUUGUAAUGAAAAUGUGUUUUCGUAUUAACCCUAUAUCCACGCUCUUUAUCUAUGUAUUUAACAAGUUUCGCGUUUUUAUCCUUUUUGAUGUUGUGAGCUUGUUGCUUUUUUUUGCCUGCUACGUUUGAAAUUAAGAUACAUUUGGGAAAGAUGAUGCGUGCCUUAUUAUUUGUUUAUUUAUCAUUAAUUUACUAGAAAUGCUAUUUAUCAAAGAAGAAACAUCGUUCCCGCUUCCUGAGCUUGCCCUAUCACUCUGACCAAGUUGAGUGAAGUUUCUGAGUCUCCUAUAUUUGGGUAUGAAAAUCCCGCAAGUUACGCUUGCAGUUGCCAUUUGGUUUCUCGAUUCCACAGAGAAUUAACUGUGCUAUCACUCUUAAACUUACGAACACGUUUUCGAGUACAAUUCCUAACAAGUUAAGUGGAACAUUCUGACUGCAAACUUGGUUAAAUGUAUUCUUUUUUGUUAGCACAAUAUAUGUUACAUGUACAUCUGCGUUUAGCAUCACUCGACAAAAGAAACCCAUUCCUGCAGAGCUGGGGAGGAAGUUUUGAUUGUUGGACAUGCAUGGUUAACUCAUUCGCCUCUGAAAUUUCAUUUUGAACUAUUCCAUCCUUUGAAUUGGAAGAGUUCAAAUGUGUCUUCAGGGAUGAAUGAGGUAGUUUAAAAUAAUAUAUGAAUGCUCAUAUUUUAUCGUCCAAUAUUGUGUGGUUAUAACUAAUGAAAAGUGUCGUUAUAUCGCAGACAUGGUAGAGAUUAAGUUAUACAUACGUGGUAUUUAUCAAUACAGUGUUUUUUUUAUUUUUGCUUUUUUUUCAUGCAUCAACAAUUCAAUUUAUAUUUCACAUUUUGGUUAGAACUAAUAAACAAUAUUUUUAGAUAUGCUUGUGUUUGUUAAUGAUAUAACCCUGAACUGGUUCAACACUAUCACUCAAUAUACACUAAUCCUUCAAACUGCAAUUCAAUCACUGUUCUUACCCUCCCAGAUACGUUUUUAGCCACUUUUAUCAUGUAAACAUGGCAAUGCACCUAUAACGUUAUUGAAAACAUUGCAGCUAUGAUCACAGGACCUCGGCAUCUUUAUUUGCGACUAAAUCGUCCAAUAGUUAAACAUUAAGCGUUUUCUUCGAUAAAUAAAGGAUUUCAUGACCUUAAAGUCUAGAAAUCCUACCAUUAUCUAUUUAAGAAUAUUGUUGCGCCUUUUUCUUUUUAAAACACCUUUAAUAUUGCCGUUCGUUUAAAACUCCCUAUAAAGACACCAAAGUUAUCAAAAGAAUGUACACGUUUGUGUGAAUGCCUCAUUAAUAAGUUUUUUUUAAAUUUAACAGCUUUUAUUGACUAAAGAAACGUCGUUCCGAUUUAAAGAUCUUUUAAAGAUUUUGUCGGUCGUAUAAGGUAAACCUCCAUUUGUUAACGUAUUUGACGAUUCAAGUUCGCGUAUUAGCAAUGCACACGUGCUCAUUGUCCUAUAGUAUAGUUAUACACCAGUUUACAAGGACGAUUUUGAAACGGGUACAAAAAAAGAACAUAUUACAAACACUCUAUAUAGCAUUCACCUUUAGUUACAAACAAUGGUAGUUAGGUAGAGCAUAACAUGGCGUGUUUGGGUAAUCCAUCAUUACUCCUAGUUACCGAGUAAACACAUUGUGAAAUAACGACCUGUUGUGGAGACAUCCACUUUGCGUUACCUCAUUGUCCUAUCAUAGACACAGACACGUCAUUGUUACCAUAUAAUGGUUGUGACACGGGCUGGGAGGGGGGAGGGGGUGAAAGGGAGGAGGAGAAACAGAAACUAUAAAUAUAACAAUGAUACCGGGUGUCAGUACAUCGAUAUCGUCAACUUUGGAAUGCUGUCUGAUUUAAAUUAAUGUUAUCUAUUAAUAUACUAAACUGGCCCCCGUCUUUAGAAUAUUAAAUUAUAAAGUAAAAAAAAAACCACUUUGAUAACGCUGAUCACUAUGAUGUCUUAUUUUAGAGUUCUAAAAAUGGGAUAGAUAAGCAAGUAGUAACAUGCAGCUAGGAACACUCAUAAAUAUUUUGGCUAUUAGUCCGUCUACUAAUAUACAGACUGUUUCAUAUUCUACAGUCUGUCGUGUAAGUCUUACCUCCUUUAUAUCUGUGUAGGAUGGCGUGCAUAGGCUUUGCCGUUAGCCAUAUUACUUCUUUACCAACAAUUUUAACAAUACUGAUUUAACAUAUAAUGGUUGUGACACGGGCUGGGAGGGGGAGGGGUGAAAGGGAGGAGGAGAAACAGAAACUAUAAAUAAAACGAUGAUACCGGGUGUCAUUACAUCGAUAUCGUAAACUUUGGAAUGCUGUCUGAUUUAUAUUAUUUUUAUCUAUGAAUAAUCAAGAAAAAAUAAAAAUAAACUCUGAUAAUUUUGAUCACUAUGAUGUCUGAUUCUAGAGUUCUAAAUUAGGGGGAGGAAAACUAGUAGUAAAAUGCAGCUUGGAAUUACUCAAUAAAACGUUUGGGCUGGUAGCCUCUCUACUCAUAUAAAGUUUAUAUUCCACAGUCUGUCCUGUAAGACUUACCUCCCUUUAUAUCUGUGUUGGAGGGGGCGUGCAUAGACUUUGCUUAUUGUUAUAUUACUUCUUUACCAACAAUUUUAACAAUAAUGAUUUCUGAUGAAUAUCAAAUGACUUUGUUAAAAUAAACACAUAUUUCACUAGGUUCCUUGCUGUUUUAACACAUUACU